GAGGCCGAGGUGACUAUAAUGAGGGGCAUGGGAGCUCUAGUGGCAGGGGGAGUACCAGAAUGGAGGGCACCUGCUGGUACUGCAAGAAGGUCGAGCAACCUUGGUUCAAGUGCUUCGGCAGGCCGGAGGGAUGGGCACCUCCAGGCAUGAAGCCGCCCAGUGGUGAACGCGCACAAGGUGGCGCUGUGCAAGGCUCAGGUGCACAAGGUGAAGGUGUACAAGGUAAUGCCUAUCCUGGGAUGUUUCUCAUGGUUGAGGAUGUGCAUGGGCAUGAGGGUGAUGUGGGAUCUGUGGGAAAGGUUGUGAUGCACCCUCUCACGCACUGGGUGAUUGAUUCAGGUUGCACCAGUCACAUGACCCCACGGGCAGAUUUGCUUGAUGAGGUAAAACCCCCUGGGAAGAUUAAAUAUGUGGCAGCAGCGUCAGGUGCUUUGCUCCCUGUCAUUGGUGUUGGGAAUGCCAAGAUUAAGGGAGCUAAUGGGGAGCUUGUGGGGCUUGGGAAUGUUCUGCUGGUUGAAGGUCUGUCUGCUAACCUUCUCUCUGUGCGGCGACUGCAGAAGAGCAAGGCCGAAGUGACCUUUGGACCAACCAGCUGCCGUGCUAAGCUUGGGAAGAAGGUGCUGUGGAGUCUGGAAGAGGAGACCAGCUGCAUCAAGGACUUGUGGCAGCUGCCCAUCAUCUCUUGGAAUGGGAAGACUCCAACAGCAGCAACGGCAGCAGCGGCAAAGGCAACUGCAGGAGGAGAUGCAACUGCACCAACUGUUGGGGUCCUGGAAGCAGUCAAGAAAGUGCAGCAGCAGCAGACACAUGGGGAGGUGCUUGCUGGUGUGGAAACAAGCGCGGCAUGGGCUAAAGCUUCAUCUAGGAGUGGUGAGGCCGAUUGGGAGACAUGGCAUGAGAGGCUGUAUCAUGUGAACUUCCCUAUGCUGCAGAAGUUGGUGAAUGAUGGGAGCCUGAAGGGCUUGGAGGUGAAAGGGGGAGUGAAGGAGAUUGGGAGCUGCCCUACAUGCUUGGAGACCAAGUUCUCCAAGUUCCCCUUCAACAGCACUACAGGACCAGCCAAGACCCCACUUGCACUUGUGCACAUGGAUGUGGUGGGGCCCACAAGAGCCCCUUCCCUCUCAGGCAGCCGCUAUUUCUUGACAAUUGUUGAUGACCACACUCGGGCAGUGUGGGUUUACCCUCUCAAGAGCAAAGGGGAGGUGGCAGCGGCUGUCCUUAAGGAGUGGAUGCCUAGAGCUCAGAGGGAAUGCGGACACAAGGUGAAGGUGAUCCACAGUGACAAUGGUGGGGAGUUCAUUGGAGCUGAUUUUGAGGUGGAGUUGAAGAGGAAGGGGAUCCAACAUCAACUGACAGUGCCCUAUAACCCGCAGCAAAAUGGCGUGGCUGAGAGGUUCAACAGGACCCUGCAGGAGGGGGCACGCACUCUCCUUGGGCGUGCAGGGCUGCCUGAUCCGUUUUGGGUGUCUGCACUAAGGCAGGUCGCCCUUGUGAAGAACAGGGUGCUGGCUACAGUUGGGGAUAAGGAGUGGAUCCCAUAUUUCAAGUGGUAUGGGAGUGCUCCAGCUGUGAGCAUGCUGAGGGCAUUUGGGUGCAUGGUGGUGUUUCAUGUGCCUAAGGAGAAAAGGGGCAAGUUGGAGGCUUCUGGAAGAUGGGGUGUGCACUUGGGGAUUGCAAAGGAUCACAAGGGGUGGCUGCUAUGGGACUUGACCACCCAGAAGUUGACAGUGUCAAGGGAUGUGAAGUUUCUUGAGUCCCUGUACUUCAAGGAAUGGAAGCAGCAGCAACAGAAGCUUCCAUCUACACCACUCAUUGUGGAGGCAGAUGAGUUGCAGCAGCCUUCAAGGCAGGUGGAGGUUGUAGUGUCUGAGGAGGAGAUGUCUGGGGUGACUGAAGAAGGGGGAGCAGCUGAAGUGGAGCAGCAGCAGCAGCAAUAUGAGUCUCCACCUCGAGUUCCACACCUGCCUGAGCAACCUAGGAGGGAUGUGCGCCCUCCUGUGAGGCUGACCUAUGGGGGAAGAGGCAAGCCGAAUGUGGUGCAGGCUGGGAGUGUGGUUGAGCAGAUUGAGGAAGAUGAGAUCGCUCACUGCUACUGGGCACCAAUCCCUGAGCCCAAAACUCGAGAGGAGGCCUUGAAUGGACCAAAUGAGGAGAAGUGGAAGGCGAGUGAGGAUGAGGAGUUCGGGUCCCUGAUUGAGAACGAGACAUGGGACCUGUGUGACUUGCCUCCUGGGAAGAAGGCAAUCACUUCCAAGAUGAUCUACAGGCACAAGUAUGGACCUGAAGGGGAGCUGACCCGCUACAAGUCUAGGCUUGUGGCACGGGGGUUUCAGCAGACAAAGGGGAAGGACUAUGAUGAGGUGUUUGCUCCUGUGGGGAAAGGAACAACAGUGAGGGUGCUGUUGGCGAUAGCUGCACUCCUGGGAUGGAAGAUUCGGCAGAUGGACAUUGUGACUGCCUUUCUGAAUGGGAUCAUUAUGGAGGAGGUGUACAUGAAGCAGCCAGAGGGGCUGGAUGAUGGGAGCGGCAGGGUCUGCAGGCUGAAGAAGGCCAUCUAUGGCCUUAAGCAGGCGCCUCGUGCAUGGUAUCACAAGUUGGAGGAGGCGCUGUUGGCUGGGGGUUUCAAGAAGAGUGAGUGUGACCCCAGCCUGUUCCUGCUGCAGGAGAAGGAUGAAAUCCUCAUGCUCUUGGUGUACGUGGAUGAUAUCCUUCUCUUUUCUGCAUCAACUGCUUUGCUGGACAGCGCAGAGCAGAUGCUGGGGAUGCAGUUCAAGUGCUCCAAGAUGGGUGAGGUGAAGUACUACUUGGGGAUGCACGUGGAGAGAGAUGUGGAAAAGGGUGUGCUGAGGUUGCACCAGAGGAAGUACUGUGAGGGGCUGGCUGAGAAGAAUGGGCUACAAGAUGGGGGAAAGCCAGCAAUACCACUACCUUCAGGGUUUACUGUGGAGCCAUGUGCUGAUGAGGAGGUAGUGGGUGAGAGUGACAGGAAGCUGUUUCAUUCGAUGGUUGGGUCGCUGAACUAUGCUGCAAUUCAUACACGGCCUGACAUUGCAUUUGCUACAUCACGGUUGGCUAGUGUGGUCUCACGCCCUAGUCAUGAGCAGCUGGAAGCGGCCAAGAGGUUGGUCCACUAUGUGAGCGCUACGGCAUCAGUGGGAGUGGAGUACAGUGGAGUGAGGCAGCGGUUGCAGAGAGGUGCUGCAGAUGUGAAGAGUGGAGAGAUGCUCUUGAGUUGCUAUACUGAUGCUAGCUUCAACUCAGUGAAAGCGGAUGGCACCAGCAUUGGGGGUUAUGUGUGCUUGCUAGGAGGUGGUGCUGUAAGCUGGCGCAGCAAGAAGCAGAAUGAGGUGGGAUUGUCCUCGUGUGAGACAGAGUACAUGGCCUUACACCAUGGGGCCAAGGAAGUGGUGUGGCUAAGACGCUUGUUGGAGGAGUUGGGAGUUGGUCAGAAGGAGCCAACGGUGAUCUUUUGUGACAAUGAGUCUGCUGUGAAGCUCGCCAAGAAUGCUUGUCUGCAUGGGCUGACAAAACACAUAAGGCCUAAGUGGCACUGGGUGAGGAGACUCCUUGAUAAGGAUGUGCGGCUGGAGAUAGUGAAGACCCAUCAGCAGGCAGCAGAUAUUUUCACUAAGCGUCUUGCGGAGGCGGAUCAUUGGAAGGGCAUGAAGCUUGCUGGGAUGAGUGUGCAUUGAGUAUGCAUGCUUGAGAUGUUGGUAUGGUGGAUGAUGGUUGGCAGCCAGAGGGGGAGAUUGUUGUGUGAUGUAAUCAUAUGCUAUCACAUUCUGUCUGCCUCCCAUCCCUUGUUUCAAUUCGCAUGUAUGGUUUGACUAUGUGUGAAAGAAUUUGUGUGGUGUGUUCUGGAGUUUGGGAAUGUGUUUUGUGUUAUUUUUGUUUGAGCAGGUAUUUGUGAUGAUAGAUCUUGAGAAGAUCUUUCCGACGCAACAAGAAUCCCUUCAAUCGGAGCAAGAACGAGAAAGCUAUGAAGAUUCAAAGUUCAUGAGCUUGCGUUACAAUUGCGGCGGUUACAAAGUGAAGUUGUGGGGUGACUCUAUAUGGAGUUGGGACCUUUGGGGUUGGGGAAAUUCGUCACUCUACUGUAACAGCUGCAAAUUGGUUGGGAACAACCAAACUAGGUUGGCAAGGGUGGCCAACUUGGAUGGAUUGGUUGGGAAGGGACAAAGGUCAAAGUUGAGGUUCCUAUAGGGAGGGAAUCUUUGUGCUUAUGGGGUUUCCUUGGUUGGGGACUCUCUUGGGACCUUCCCUCUCAUCCUUCUCUUCUAUCCCAACCUUUCUCUUGCUCCUCUAAUUCCUUAUGAGAUUCUUGA